UGCACAGAUCUUCCUGCAUACUAAAAAGCAAACAUCUCACCGAUGAAGUCAUCGCCUCAACCUUGUUUCCCUUGUGUACUUGCAUAGUCUAGAUGCCGCUAGCUCUCCCGUAGCGGCCUGAUGCGAUCAUCGUCAUCCCAACUUUGGGAUCUCUGAUCUUCAAACUUCCCUGCGCACAUCAUUUUUGUUGCGCAAACAAAUAGUAACAACAUUACAAGGAGCGUUUACAGUCAAAUCCUUUGCAAUGGGUAUUUGCGGCAGCAAAGAGAAGAAUGACGGCCAAUCGACCGAGAUGGCGCGUCCAUCACAGCCCGCAGCCUCAAAUACGCCGACACAACAAAACAUCCCAGUGGCCGGAGAAGGUGCGACAGUGAAGGCGCGCAGGUCACCCGAUAACCCGAUUGUGUACUUCGACAUUGCGAUUGGAGGCCAGCCGAUUGGGCGCAUCCAGAUGGAGUUGUUCCUCGAUGUCGUGCCAGCCACUUCAGAGAACUUCAGGCAGUUCUGCACUGGCGAAUCCAACCGUGGCGGAUACAAGGGCAGCACUUUCCACAGAGUUAUCCCGAACUUCAUGAUCCAGGGUGGUGACUUCAUGAACGGAGAUGGUACCGGCAGCGCGAGCAUCUUUGGAGGCGAUUCGUUCGACGACGAAAACUUCGAGCUCAAGCAUACGCAUCCCGGUCUUUUGAGCAUGGCAAACUCAGGCCCAAACACCAACGGCUCGCAAUUCUUCAUCCUGACCGCUUCCACACCGCAUCUUGAUCGCAAGCACGUCGUUUUCGGUGAAGUCCUUGAUGGUAUGGAUGUAGUAAAGAAGAUUGAGGCGACAAGGACUGGGCAGGGUGACAAACCAUUGAGCGAUGUCGUAAUCGCUGGAUCGGGGCAGCUGGCUGGCGCAAAGCCUUUGGCUUAAGGAGUGAGAGAUGGGUGUCGGUGUAGAAGAUUGGCCGAUCUGCAGUAUAUAGGUUUCUAUGCACGAAGCUGUAAUAAUAAUAAUGUAAUAGGUCCUC